AUGGACAAUUACAACCAGGAUAAUCUCAACAUAGUACUGGAGGAUGAGACCCUCAGGUCGGAAAGUACUCGACCAGCUACUGGGGAAGAGCAAAGAACAAGUACGAGUAGCACUAGAAUUAUUUAUGAUGUGGCUGGAACAAAGCCGAAAGGACGUCCAGCCACUGACGCAUCUAGUGUCAAAAGGGAAGUUCGAUGCUGUAAAAAUCCGCAUACAAUUGGAACUUGGAACGUCAGAACGAAGAACCAAGGUAAACUUAACGUUGUCAAAGGAGAGAUGUCAAGAAUAAACAUCGACAUUCUCGGAAUUAGUGAAUUGAAAUGGACAGGAAUGGGUCAUUUCAUAUCAGAUGACUACCGCAUAUUCUAUUGUGGACAGGAAAAUCACAGAAAAAACGGUGUAGCCAUAAUCAUUAAUAAAAGGUUGUCUAACUCCGUGAUUGGAUACAACUCCAAAAAUGACAGGAUAAUAUCAAUUCGAUUAUUAGGCAAACCGAUUAAUGUCAUAGUGAUUCAAGUCUAUGGACCUACUACAGGUGCAAAUGAUGAAGAAAUAGAAGACUUUUAUGUCAGUUUGCAGAAACUCGUUGAUGCAACACCAAAAAUGAUACCAUUGUCAUCAUGGGCGAUUGGAACACCAAAGUAG